GACAAUUUUACCGCGUAAUUUUGUGACGCGUGAGAGUGACUUUGUUAGUUCUGUGAGAUUAUAUCGCUAUUAAAAAUAUUUGAAUAUCAUGACUCCUUACGGGGAUCGAUGUUAUAAUCCGUUUAAUUUACCUGUACAUAGAAAAACUAAAGGAUUGAGGAAGUUAUCACAAGUGCUAGUAGAAAAGUGGUCAAUUACAAAUAAAAACGUUAAUUAUUAUGUGUGUAAGCAGUGUAGAAACCGUCUUGCUAGUGAAGAACCCUUAAUUAUUGAUGAUGUGAUCCUAAAUAGUCAAGCAAGCCAAUCAUCACUCCAAAAUUCACAAGUCUCGUGUUAUGUUCCGGAAGGAAAUACGCUUACGAAGUCAACACAGACAAACGACAUAAAAUCCAUUGACAACGAAAUACUUUUACAAUUGAAAGAGAAAUUUAAUGAUCCGUCUACAUCUGUUUCUGAGAAAACGAUGAUUCUUACCUUAGCACCUAAAUCAUGGAGCGAAAAUAAACUUGCUGAUGAAUUCAAUACCUCUAGACGGCAAGCAAAAAAAGCCAAGGAACUGGUUGAGCAGAACGGUAUUUUAUCAUCGCCUAAUCCACGAGAGGGCCGCAAGUUAACAUCAGAAGUUGUAGAUUUAGUUUCUGAAUUUUAUCUUAGAGAAGAUAACACUAGAAUAAUGCCUGGGAAAAAAGACUUUGUGUCUGUUAAGCUACAUGAUGGCCAAAGAGUCCAAUUACAAAAACAGCUAUUAUUGUGUAACAUCAAUGAAUUAUAUCAACAGUUCAAAUUGGAAUACCCUGACACAAAAGUAGGUCUUUCAAAAUUUUUUUCAUUACGUCCUAAGCAGUGCAUUCUUGCUGGUGAUUCGGGUACUCAUAUAGUCUGCGUGUGUAUUUACCAUCAAAAUGUUAAAUUGAUGCUAAUCGGGGGGGAUAUUGCAUCACUUACUUCUGAGUCUGCUAUCCCCCUAGUAUCGUACAAGGAUUGCUUGCAAAAGAUGAUGUGUCCAGAUCCGACACCAACUUGCAAUUUAAUGACAAGAAAAUCGUCACUGGACGAACAAUGCCAAAGUUGCCCUGGCCUUGUCGGAAUUCGGGAACACUUACGAAAUAUAUUUGACGCAAAUCAAGUGACUAGUGUGCAGUUUAAUACAUGGGUUGGUACAGACCGAUUCACAAUCGCCACUCAAGUUCUUCCUUCUGAUGAAUUUGUCGACAGUCUUUGCUCAGGAUUAGACGCUUUAAAACCUCACGCCUACAUAUCAGAUCAGCAAACUCGGUAUUUUAAAUUAUUAAAAGAGUCGAUUUUGGAGGGUGACAUAAUCAUUCAGUGCGAUUUUGCUGAAAACUACCGCUUCGUAGUUCAAGACGCUGUCCAGGCAUUUCACUGGAGUAACGACCAGGCUACUCUCCUCACAUCUGUGUAUUAUUACAAAAAGGAGCAAGAGUUAAAACACGGAAGUAUUGUAAUGAUAUCGGAUGACCUAAAACAUGACACUGCAACGUUUUAUACCUUCCAAAAAAUUUUACAUCAACAUUUACAAGAAAAGGAUAUAUCAACCAAUAAAUAUAUUUACGUAACUGAUGGUGCACCCCAGCACUUCAAAAACAGGUUUAAUUUUAUCAACCUGUUUUAUUUUAAACAGGAUUUCGGUACAGAGGCAGAGUUUCAUUUUCAUGCUACUUCUCAUGGCAAAGGGCCAUGUGAUGGACUUGGGGGCAACUUGAAACGUUUGGCAACUCGAGCUAGUCUACAGUCGGCGUCAGACAAAGCGAUCACUACACCCGAGCGUUUGUACCAAUGGGCGAAAACAUCAAUGCCCCAAACGCACGUUUUAUAUGCUCCAAAAGAGGACAUUCAACAAAACCGAUUGUUUUUAAAGAGCAGAUUUGAAUCGGCAGCGACAAUACCAGGCACAAAAAAAUAUCAUGCCUUUAUUCCCACUACUGAAGGUAUUAUGAUUAAACGCACGAGUAACAGUGAAGCAUUUAAAAUUGCAAAAAUUUGUAAAUAAAGUAAUUAAUCAUAGAAGAUAAUUUGUUUUAUUUAAAAUAUCAAACUACUGAAGAAAAAAAGUAAUCUGAAUAAAACAAAUUUUACGGGUUAGAUGCAUUAAUCUGC